AUUCUAAUUUGUGACACUAGUACUUCAUCAGUCCCUAAUGGACAUCGGAAAGUGGUGCAAUUCCGGCGGUGAAAUCAUCCAGCUUGGUCGGUACUACGACGACAACGACAACAACGAUCGACUUGUGAAUUCACCGUUCUGUUUUAGAUUGAAUAAGAAGCUUAGAUGGAAAGAGCUGUGGAUGAAAUUCAAGGAAAAGAAGAUCAGGAAGUUUCUAAAGUUUUUUAAGUCUCCGGCGCCAGUGGCUCAGCUCACCUACGAUCCCUACACAUACUCCCAGAAUUUUGAUCAGGGUUUAUCAUGGGACGAACCCGAAAACCUCUCUCGAUCAUUCUCUGUGAGAUUUGCUGAUCCUUCCUUAGUCUUCUUAAAGAACAAGGCUGUGUAAUUUUUCUAGUUUUAUGUAUAGACGCAGUACAUAGAUCUUGUACUUAAAUUGAUCUGUAAGCUAGAUUUGUGGGGGAGAGAAAAUACAUAGACCCUUAAUAUGUAAAUGGUCAAUUGUUCCUCCUGGGAAGAGUUAGAAGUUGUGCAAGAAAAAAAAAAAGGAAAUUUCUUGAAUUCUUCUUGUGUAAAUUGUCAGUUUGUUAUUGUUUUAGGUGGGAAUUAAUGAUCCAAAUCCAAUUAUUUCCAGAAUAAGCAAUAAUACUUCUU